AUGUCCUUUGAUAACCCACCCACUCGUGUAGGUACAAACGCAUUCAAAUACAAUAUCACGCCAUACCCCGUGAACAAAACCGUUCCUAUUCACCCGCAUUGGGUAGCUGAUAUGGACUUCCAAGCCCCUCCUGCGAUUCGUGAAGCGUUGACUGAUUUAUGCAAAUUGGGGAUCUUUGGGUACUCCAGUGUACCAAAUGAGUUAUAUAGAAACAUAACGCGGUACUUAUCUACACAUGGCUGGGACUUUACGGAAGAUCGCUUAAAGCAAAGUCUCAUGUUUUCGCCCGGUGUAGUCUCCGGGAUAGGUCUAGUCCUUCACGCGAUCACAAAAGAGGGCGACGCCGUCUUAUUCAACACUCCGUCGUAUCCGCACUUCUUCGAGUCCGUGACUGAAACGCACCGGAAGGUAGUCGUGAACAAAAUGGUCCACAACGGCGACACUUGGGACAUCGAUUUUGAGGAGUUAGAGAAGCAAAUAGUUUCGGAGGAUGUGAAAGUCUAUAUUUUCUGUUCUCCACACAACCCGACGGGUAAAGUGUUUACACAAAAAGAGCUCGAAAAGGUCGUUUCUAUCUGUCAUAGGCACCAUGUCGUCAUAAUCUCUGAUGAAAUCCAUUGUGACAUAAUUCUUCCCGACCAUCGACAUAUUCACACGGCCACUGUAGACACUGCUGAAGACAUCACAAUCACUUUCUUAGCUCCUAGUAAGACUUAUAACAUCCCUGGAUUGAACUUAGCCUUCAUGCUAUGUACUAAUAACGUUCUCUAUAAAAAGGUAUCAGAGUAUGCCUGUGGUCUUGGCGUCUCCUUUGGAAACUUAUUUGGCUUUGAAGCUAUGACUGUUGCUUAUAGUGGUUUGUGUGAGGACUGGCGACUCGCCUGUGUCAAUUACAUUCAUUCUAAUGGUCUCUUAGUUCGUCACUACUUACAGCAAUAUCUCCCAAACAUCCAUGUGACUCUUCCAAACGCUACAUUUUUGCUCUGGCUUGACUUCUCAAACCUCAAUUUAGAAAACGACGAAAUCGACAAAAGGCUUGCUGACCGCGGAAUAGUUUUCAAUCAAGGAAAGUCAUUUGGAAAUGGUUUCGAAUAUUUCAGAAGGUUUAACAUCGCUGCUCCCCAAACUGAAAUUCAAUCCGUACUUAACUUACUCAGAGAUGCUUUUCAAACUAAUUGA